AUGUUCUACCAGGGAAAUAUUCAGGAGGGAAUCGCUGUUGCCGUGAGCCAGUCCAAGGCAGUUGUCUGCUUCGUUCGGGAUGAUGAGGAGCUGAGCAACGUAUGGGAGAACGAAUACCUCGCAGACGACCCUACGUUUGCGCAAGUAUUUGUCGAAGAGGCCAUCACGUUGCGACUCCCAGUGGGAAGCGAGGGAGCUACAUACCUCACAUCGUUCUGUCCGAUCCCAAAGUUGCCGGGUCUCGUGGUUAUCAGAGAUGGCAUGAUGCGAGAGUACAUCAUACCCGAAAUCUCGAAGGAGGAUUUCCGCGCGCGACUUCGAGCCGUUUUGGAAGAUGGGGGAAAAUCGUCGCAAGCUCCACAACAGACACAGACAGAUGCCGGGGGUAGUUCUGCUGCUGCGUCUGCUGAACCUACAUCUGACCCGGCACUUGCCGCUCAAUUAACCCCGCCUGCUCCUCAAAUCGCGCAAUCCCAAUCUCAACCCGCACCAGCUACGAAUGACACGAAGACACCUCGGGAUGGGAACAAACGUGCUGAAAAGCCGUCUGCGCAAAAACCAGAACCACCGAAGCGAGCGACACCAAGCAAGACUCCAUCACAGACACCACAGCAACAACAAGAAAGUCACAUCAAUCAGACCAAGCAACUCAACAAAAAGACCCCUCGGCCGCGUAAAGCAGCACCAGGGCCUUCCACUACCAGCAAAACCAGCGACACGGAAGUACACCCGAAGCCAACCCCAACAGUUCCAAAACAAUACCGUCUCCAAAUCCGUCUAUUUGAUGGCAGCUCCGUCCGUUCAAGUUUCGACCCCUCGCAAACCAUCCGCAAAGACGUCCGCCCCUGGCUAGAUGAUCAAAUGGAUGAGAAGCACCCAUUCAACCUCAAACACAUUCUCACUCCUCUACCAAACCGCACUCUCACCAUCGCCGACGAAGAGCAGACACUACAAGAGUAUCUAGGUCUUGGAGCAACCGCCAACCUGGUCAUGGUCCCUAUUCAGUCAUAUACAGAGGCAUACACGGGUUCAGACUCUCUGCCCGUGCGAGCAGUAAGCUCCGCUUAUGACUUGGCUACUUCUACAGUGGGCGCUGCAGCGGGGUAUGUCGGUUCGUGGCUCGGGUAUGGACAAACAACAGCGUCGGAGGGCUCUUCUGCUACCGAACCUUCAGCAUCUGGCGAUGCUAGAAGGACAGCAUCACGCCCUGCAGGGUCCCGGGGACCGAAUAUCCGGACCUUGGCUGAUCAGCGAAGAGAGCAGGGCAAUAACCAGUUUUAUAACGGAAAUCAGCUUAACUUUCAACCACGCGAGAACUCUGACCAGCGAUGA